CAUACUUCUUGUAUCUCCUGAAAAAAGGAAAGAACUUUUAGAACUCCACCAAUCGGAGUUUCCGUUGCUGCCCGUGUUUCCUCUCUCUUUCUAUCAACGUCGGAGGUUCGUCCUCCGAUCAACUGAAUUCCUCGCCCCCUGCUCUCCCAUACGGCAAUGGAAAAUGGCACUCGCCAUUUGUGAAAACCAUCCUCCAAAGAAACCUGAGGAGAAAGUUUAGAAGAACAAGAGGAAGAAGAAGAAGGAAAUCGAAGGAGGCACAAUGUCCCGGCAGCCGGCGACGUCCGCCUUCCACAAAUCCAAGACUCUCGACAACAAAUACAUGCUUGGAGAUGAGAUUGGUAAAGGAGCUUAUGGUCGAGUUUACAAGGGUUUGGAUUUGGAGAAUGGAGACUUUGUUGCGAUUAAACAGGUGUCUUUGGAAAACAUUGCUCAGGAGGAUCUCAAUGUUAUAAUGCAAGAGAUUGAUUUGCUCAAGAAUUUGAACCACAAGAAUAUUGUCAAAUAUCUUGGAUCCUUAAAGACAAAGACUCAUCUCCACAUAAUUCUGGAGUAUGUGGAGAAUGGCUCACUGGCAAACAUUAUUAAGCCAAAUAAAUUUGGACCAUUUCCUGAAUCGUUGGUAGCUGUUUAUAUUGCCCAGGUAUUGGAAGGCUUGGUUUAUCUACAUGAACAGGGUGUUAUUCAUCGGGAUAUCAAGGGUGCCAACAUAUUGACAACCAAAGAGGGUCUUGUGAAACUUGCAGAUUUUGGGGUUGCAACAAAACUAACUGAGGCAGAUUUAAAUACACAUUCAGUUGUUGGAACACCAUAUUGGAUGGCCCCUGAGGUCAUUGAGAUGUCAGGGGUUUGUGCUGCAUCUGACAUAUGGAGUGUUGGCUGCACAGUGAUUGAACUUCUUACAUGCGUGCCUCCAUACUAUGAUCUCCAGCCCAUGCCUGCUCUCUUCCGAAUCGUCCAGGAUGAGCAUCCUCCAAUACCGGACGGUCUAUCUCCCGACAUUACUGAUUUUCUGCGUCAAUGCUUUAAGAAGGAUGCUAGGCAGAGGCCUGAUGCAAAAACAUUGCUUUCACACCCUUGGAUACAGAACUCAAGGCGUGUUUUGCAGUCAUCUCUCCGUCAUAGUGGAACAGUUCGAAAUGUUGAAGGAGAUGGUUCAUUGGAAGCUGAGAUUUCAAAUGGAGAUGAUCAGAGCAGUGGUGAAAGCCCUUCAGCAGAGAAAAUAAAAGUAACUUGCUUUGGAGUCUCAGGACAAGGGUUUUCUCCAAGAGAUGGUACUGAUGUAGGCAAAUCUGGUGAAGAUAACGGCUCAAACAGUGGUCCUGUCGAGGAAAGAGCAGAUGAUGCUGUUGAUGAUGUUUUGUCGGAUCAAGUUCUCACCUUAGCUAUCCAUGAAAGGUCACCGCUACAUGCUACCGCUGUUGGAUUAUCGACUGGUAGUGAUAUGGCUCCCUCUCAUUCAGAGGAGCUCCAUGAACCUCUGCACAAGUGUGAGGAUGGGGAGGUUUUGGUCAAUGGCAAGAUGGAAUCUCCUAAUUCAAGAAGUAAAAACAUCACAGCAAAAAACCUCGAAGGAAACGGAAGUUCUAUACAUAUGGAGCAUAGAUCAUUUGGUUUUGGAACAAAAAAUUUGGAUUAUAGCCCUCGGAAGGCUGCGAAGACAUUAGUCACUUCUGGGGGAAAUGAGCUUAGUAGAUUUAGUGACACCCCUGGAGAUGCUUCUUUGGAUGAUUUGUUCCAUCCGUUGGAAAGGAGUGUGGAGGACAGGGCGGCUGAAGCUUCAACAUCCGCAUCCUCGUCACAUGUGUAUCAGGAAAUGUCAUACGCGACAGAUGCUGGUAAAAAUGACCUGGCAACCAAGUUAAGGGCUGCAAUUGCUCAAAAGCAAUUGGAGAGUGAUACGGGGAAGACCAGUGGCGGAGACCUUUUACGCCUAAUGAAAUUUUUUCGGAAGGAGGAUGUAAUUGACAUGGACGGUUUGGGUUUUGAUGAUAAAUUGCCUGCAGAGAACCUUUUUCCUAUACAGGCUGUUGAGUUCAGCAAAUUGGUUGCGUCAUUGAGACCAGAUGAAUCAGAAGACGUGAUUGUAUCUGCCUGUCAGAAAUUGAUAGGUUUCUUUCAUCAACGUCCUGAGCAGAAAAUUGUUUUUGUCUCACAGUAUGGUUUGCUCCCCUUAAUGGAAUUACUUGAGGUUCCACGAACUCGCGUUACAUGUUCAGUGCUUCAAGUUCUAAAUCAGAUAAUCAAAGAUAACACUGGUUUUCAGGAAAAUGCCUGCCUUGUUGGUCUCAUUCCUGUUGUCAUGAGUUUUGCUGUACCUGAUCGUCCUCGAGAAGUUCGAAUGGAAGCAGCUUGUUUCUUGCAGCAGCUUUGUCAAUCCAGCUCUUUGACAUUGCAAAUGUUUAUUGCUUGCCGAGGAAUACCUAUUUUGGUGGGCUUUCUAGAGGCUGAUUAUGCGAAGUACAGGGAAAUGGUUCAUCUUGCUAUCGAUGGCAUGUGGCAGGUUUUUAAGCUUCACGGUUCUACUCCUAGAAAUGAUUUUUGUCGUAUAGCUGCCAAGAAUGGGAUUUUGCUGCGGCUUAUCAACACUCUCUACAGUUUAAAUGAGGCAACUCGACUGGCUUCACUAUCUGGCGGGAGUGGGUUUCCACUAGACGGGUUGGCUCCAAGGCCACUUUCUGGUCCAUUGGAUCCUAGCAAUUCUUCUUUUCCAAAGAAUGAAACACCAGUUCAUGGUAUCGAUUUGCCUGAUCUCCUCAAGAUUAAGCAUGGAGUAACAGAUUAUAAUACGUUGUCAAUUGCAACACAAGAACCUUCACGUUCUUCUGCUUCAUAUUCACCUGAUUCCCGAUUCUAUCCCCCAGAUACUGAUAGACCUCAAGGAAGCAAUGCUACAGUGGAAGCUUCAAUUUCUUCAAAAUUGCCUGAUCCGACAUCUCUGGACAAAGUUGCUAAUGUAGCAAUGAAGGAUCCUUCUAAAGAGCGAGAAAAUCUUGACCGAUGGAGGAAUGACCCUGCCCGAGGAGACGUUGACGUUAGACAGCAGCGAGUAACUAAUUCUGCCAAUAGAACGUCCACAGAUAGGGCUCCAAAAUUGAGUGAAGGUGCAUCAAAUGGAUCUCCUACGGCAAUAGCCAGUCAACAGGAGAAUGUUCGACCCCUUCUUAGCUUAUUGGAAAAGGAACCACCUUCGCGACAUUUCUCGGGUCAACUUGAGUAUGUUCGCCACCUCUCUGGGUUGGAGAGACAUGAAACUAUACUGCCUCUUUUUCAUGGAUCUAAUGACAAGAAAGCAAAUGGACUAGAUUUUUUGAUGGCUGAGUUUGCAGAGGUCUCUGGACUUGGAAGAGACAGUGCAAAUCUUGACUCUGCGCCAAGAAUUUCCCAUAAAAUUGUAAACAAAAAGGUAGGACCUGUGGCGUCUAACGAUGGAGUUGCUUCUACAUCUGGACUUGCAUCUCAGACGGCAUCUGGUGUACUUUCUGGUUCUGGGGUGCUAAAUGCUAGACCAGGGAGUACAACAUCAUCUGGAUUACUUUCCCAUAUGGUAUCAACUUUUAAUGCUGAUGUUGCUAGGGAAUAUGUAGAAAAGGUGGCAGACCUUCUACUCGAGUUUGCUCGAGCAGACACAGCCGUGAAAUCCUACAUGUGUAGCCAAAGCUUGCUUAGUCGUCUCUUUCAAAUGUUCAACAGGAUAGAACCACCUAUUCUUCUGAAGUUGUUGAAGUGUGUUAACCAUCUGUCGACCGACCCACAUUGCUUAGAGAAUCUUCAGCGGGCAGAUGCGAUUAAAUAUUUGAUCCCAAAUCUUGAUCUCAAAGAAGGGCCUCUUAUAUCUCAAAUACAUCAUGAGGUCCUCAAUGCACUAUUCAACCUAUGCAAGAUAAAUAAGAGGAGACAAGAACAAGCAGCAGAGAACGGAAUUAUUCCACACUUGAUGCAUUUCAUCAUGUCAGAUUCACCCUUGAAGCAAUAUGCGCUGCCACUACUAUGCGAUAUGGCCCAUGCAUCGCGUAAUUCAAGGGAGCAAUUGAGGGCUCAUGGUGGGCUGGAUGUGUACCUAAGCCUACUUGAAGACGAGAUUUGGUCUGUGACAGCAUUGGAUUCUAUUGCUGUUUGCUUGGCACAUGACAAUGACAACCGAAAAGUAGAACAAGCUUUACUGAGAAAGGAUGCAGUUCAAAAAUUGGUCAAUUUCUUCCAGUGCUGUCCUGAACAACAUUUUGUACACAUAUUGGACCCCUUCUUGAAGAUUAUUACGAAAUCAUCGCGGAUAAAUACGACUUUAGCUGUCAAUGGCUUGACACCGUUGCUUAUUUCGAGACUUGACCACCAGGAUGCUAUUGCUCGUCUCAAUCUUCUCAAACUAAUAAAGGCUGUGUAUGAGCACCAUCCACGUCCAAAGCAACUGAUUGUGGAGAAUGAUCUACCUCAGAAACUGCAGAAUUUGAUUGAGGAGCGCAGAGACGGACAGCGCUCAGGCGGCCAAGUUUUGGUAAAACAGAUGGCAACUUCACUGCUUAAAGCACUUCAUAUCAACACUGUUUUGUAAAAAAGAAAGAGUAUUUAUUUGUAUAUUUGAUUUGAUUGUUUAGGAGGAAUUGUAUUUAUGUCCUCAUUUUUCGUUUUCGGUUUUUGCCGUAUAUGGUUUGUUUUCUUUUGUCUGUUUAUUAUGGGUUUUAUUUGGUUUGACUUUUCCUCUCAAUUUGUGGAAGAGAACACCUGAAAUAUCCUUAUUCCAGGAUAUUUUCAUGCCUGAAAAAUGAUUGUGGCUGUUUGUUUGUUUGUCCAGAUAGAAUUUAAUUUUGUUUA